UGGCUCGUAGGAGAAGAAAAGCUUUUGAGGUUUUAGGAGGAUUUACAGCUAUCGGUUAUGACGAGCUGGGAAACAAUAAUGAAUACGAUGAUGAUGAAAGUUUCAUUUUUCAGAAGUCGGCAGAUCACAGCAUCCCGGAUAGUCACAGUUCUGACAGUGAUACUCCUCAUGAGAACAAUGAUGAGAGUUUAGCAACCAAUUCCAGUGAACUUCGCAUAUCGAAAGAUGGUACGUCGUGGACCGCAAUAAAGAAUAAAAGAAUAAAAGUAGUUUAUUUUUCAGCACCUUGCACUGUAAAUCUUCCAUUCAAUACUCUGAAACGAAGAAACCU